AUGCAGACAGGUGCUGAAGCUGUAAAGAAGAGUUCCUGCAGAGCUGCUGCAAUUCUUCUGGGUCUGCUGAGUUUUUUCCUCCUGAUUGGACUAAUAAGUCUGGGCUGUCUGGGCUUCACCCAAGGCAAAUCUCAGUGGGAAAUGGAGACGGUGACACUACAGAAGCUGUACAACGUGACCAGAGAGAGAAACCAGUUACAGGCCAGUUACAACAACCUGACAACCGAACGAGACCAAUUACAGGCCAGUUACAACAACCUGACAACCGAACGAGACCAGUUACAGGCCAGUUACAACAACCUGACAACCGAACGAGACCAAUUACAGGCCAGUUACAACAACCUGACAACCGAACGAGACCAGUUACUGGCCAGAUACAACAGUACAGUUAAAGAGAGAGACCAGCUCCGAAACUCUUUGGAAGUCAUGACCAAAAAGAAAGAUGAGCUGUGGGCACUUAUUCAAGAUUGUGCAAAUUGGGUGGUCUUCAAUGGUAGUUUGUAUUAUGUUUCUUCAAAUAAGACAUCCUGGCAAAACAGCAGACAAGACUGCCUUCAAAGAGGUGCAGACCUGAUGAUUAUCAACAGCCAAGAAGAACAGAAUUUUGCUAACCAGUUCAAGAAAUCCUUGUGGAUUGGCAUGACUGACUCAGAGACAGAGGGGUCAUGGAAAUGGGUGGAUGGGACUCCAGUGACCACAAGGUACUGGAAUAAUAAUGAACCAAAUGGAGGCAUUAAUGAAAACUGGGGACAGAUAAGCAAUUACAAUUCACAAAACAGCUGGAAUGAUGAUAGUAAUUCCAAGUUAUUCUUCUGGAUAUGUGAGAAGAAAGUUUCUCCAUAA